AUGAAGAGGAAGUCAUCAUCUCCCAUAUCACUGAUUAAUGAUCUCAUACUGGAGAUCUUGUCGAGAUUGCCUUCAAAGUCGGUCGCGAGGUUUCAUUGCGUAUCGAAGCUGUGGGAUUCAAUGUUGGGUAGUCCAUAUUUCAAGGAGCUGUUCCUAACCAGAUCCUCGGCUAAUCAGCGCCUCUUAUUCGCCGUCCACGAAAGAGGUGUGUGGAGCUUCUUCUCGUCAGCAGACGCCGAAUUUUCGUCGUCGACGACUCUUGUAGCAGACGCCGAAUUUUAUGUGAAGUUCUCUCCAAAAGAACUAAAGAUCUAUAAUCUCUUAUAUUCUGGUGACAUAAGAAAAAUUUCAUGUGGCUACGCCUCUGGCUUGCUCUAUAUGUAUGGUGAUCGAUACGAAGCUAGACCUCUGAUAUGUAACCCCAUCACAGGACGGUAUGCAAUCUUACCUGAUCGGUAUACUUUUAGAAGGGCUUAUAGCUUUUUUGGGUUCGACCCGAUUGACAAACAACAUAAGGCAUUGUCCAUGGCUUAUCCAUUUGGUCCUGGUCAUCAUAAAGUUCUUACAUUUGGAGAUGGAGAUAUAAGGUGGAGAAAGGUAAAAAAUUCCGUGCGACAUGAUAUUAAUAGUGAUGGGGUAUGCAUCAACGGGGUUUUGUACUACUUAGGUGACUCGAAGAGUUGUACUAAUGAUGAUCACGUUAUAACAUCUGAUUAUGUGAUAGUUUGCUUCAAUCUUAGGUCCGAGAAAUUCACCUUUAUCAACGUAGAAUUUGUUUGUACUCAAUUGAUAAACUACAAGGGCAAAUUAGCAAUUAUUUUUUGGGAGGGUGAUGACUACUACACAUAUGACGACACUAUGCCCAUUCAUGAGUUGCAUCUGUGGGUUGUAGAGGAUCUUGAGAAAAAGAAAUGGUCGAAAUAUACCUACACUUUGAGCGCUGAUAAAUUCUUCUGUCAUCGCGUUUCCGUCGUUGGAGCGACCGCUUCCGGUGAAAUACUUUUCUCAAUGUGCGAGUAUACACCUAAAGAACCGUUUUAUGUUUUCUAUUUCAAUCCCGAAAGGAACACUCUCCAAAGUGUUGAGAUCCAAUGUUUUGGUGAAGGAUUCAAGGAAUGUUGUAGGGUUCUCACUUUUCUAAACCACGUAGAGGAUCUUGAUGCUAACGAUCUAAAACUACUCAAAUCAGUCCAUCCCCCAUUGGAGCCGCCAGAAUAUAUGGGACCAUCAGAUUCAGAAUCAGACUGA